AUGAAGACCCCUUCGCCGAAAUCCGGGCCACAAGUCUUUAAGAAAGUACGCAUCAGCCUGGUACCGAAGGAUGAGAACAUCUUCGGCACACGCUUCGUGUUCAAGAUCAAGGCCGACAGCCGCUUCAAGGCCCGGUUAGUCGCCGGGGGACACCGCCAACUGGCAGGACGACACUACGUAAGGAAGUACGCUCCAGUCACCCGAUUGGGUAGCAUUCGCAUACUAUUCGCCAUCGCUUGCGAACACGGAUGGGAGGUAUACCAAUUGGACGUGGUAGCUGCAUUCCUGAACGCGUACACCGACAGAGACGUCUACGUCAGGCCGGCGCCAGGCGACGAGGAGAGGGACCCUACGACAGGUGAAAUGAUGGUCAACAAAAUGGAGAAAAGUCUGUACGACCUGUCACAGUCCCCGUCACUGUGGACCGACCACANCAGGGACCCUACGACAGGUGAAAUUAUGGUCAACAAAAUGGAGAAAAGUCUGUACGACCUGUCACAGUCCCCGUCACUGUGGACCGACCACAUCAAUAACAGACUCAUCAUCUUCGGCUGGCAGCGCACUCACUCUGACCCCUGUGUCUACAUCUUCGUAAGCGGGGACGAACUCACAAUCCUCGCGAUCUACGUCGAUGACAUCCUCAUCACGGGCGGAAACAAGGAGAUCGUAAGCAGGAAAAAGAAGGACCUCAUGGACAGCUUCGAUAUGAUAGACAUGGGAGAGGUCAAGCUUGUAAUCGGCAUCGAAGUGCAGCGGGACUACGAACAUGGCACACUAGCCAUAUCGCAAGGACCCUACGCGAGAGAUAUCCUACAGCGAUAUGGAAUGGAACAGGCAAACCCGGUCAGCACCCCCGGGUAUGGAGCAGAACUAUCAACCGAGCAGCCACAAGACCAACUGCUCGGACCCGAGGACAAGCAGAGAUUCCAAACCAUCACCGGGAGUCUCCUGUACCUUGCCCAAUGCUCCCGCUACGAUCUGUCAUAUGCAGUGCACCAACUGACACGGGCAUGCGCAAACCCAGCACAGGUCCACAUGGCUGCAGCCAAGCACGUACUAUGGUACCUAGGCGGAACGCCGGACCUGCCGAUCGUGUACAAGAAGGGGCAGUUCAGACUCUCGUGCUUCACUGACUCGUCAUUUGGAGCCAACCCAGACAACGGCAGGUCUACCACCGGAUACCUGUUCUUCCUUGGAGGGGGACUGAUCAGCUACGGAGCCAAGGCACAGACUCUCGCAGCACAGAACACCGUGG